UAAUGAUCCUCGCACACUUGUGAUCUAUGACUCUAUUGCUUAAUGGAAGUAAUCAGUCCUUCGUUUUACCUUCCACAGUGACUUAUACAUGCAGACUUCUCUAUACCAAAUAGUCAAUCCUCUUCCAAUACACCUCCGAGGCUUUUGGAAUUAUACCAAAAAAAAAAAAGCCCAUCGCCUAUCUCCCAUCCAGCAAAUUUCCACACCAAUUCCAAACAACAAAGAACCAAAUCCACACACCCCAAGAUAUCCAGCACAAAACCACCAAUUUUCUCUGCAGCAAAAAUGCUUCAGACAUCCCGAUUUGAACUCUCAAGACUCGAAUGGCUCAACAAAAGAGGAUGGAAAAACUUUCAGGAUUUCAUGGUGACUUAUGGUUAUGAUGCUAUGAGUGCAGCGGACCACAUGAAAGCAGAAGAAGUGCUCUGUGAUUAUAGAAGUAGUGAUCCAUUUGCAAAUAGGGAAGAAAUUGAUGCGGGAAAUGAUGAGGACGGGGAAUUGGAGGAACUUGAGGAGUUGGAGGAGGGUGGUGAUGAAAUGGUUGGAAUGGUUGGGUUAGAUGAGGGAAAAGACGGAGAGAAGCAAGAGAUAAUUAGUGAUGCCAUGAUCGAUGUUAAGGAUGUAUUGGAGGGCUCUCAUGAUGGUGGCGAUGGAAUGGAGGAUAAUAAUGAGCGGGAAUACGAAGAAGAAGAAAGAGACGAAAUCCUCGAUUUAAUGACCGAUGAUGACCACGACGAUGACUUGGAAGACUGCAAUGAAGAUGACCGCCCCGAUGGCACAGAGAGAGACAUCGUGGAGCUCCAUAUCUCAGCUCCCGAACAAGAAAGACUCGAAUCAAUCUACGGAAUCCGCUGCGAAAACGAAGGAAUCCAAGAGUGGCUCAUCGGUCACGGAUGGUCCCGCCUUGAAGACUAUAUGGAGUAUCUUGGGAUGAAUCACGGGAAUGAUAAUGACGUGGAACCUGUCGGUAAUUCAAUCAAGGGGGAGAUGAGACUUGAAGUAGGAGAUAUUCGUGCUGGUAUCGAGGAGGAUACUGAAGAAAUGGACAUGGAAGAUGAUACUAGACACGAGAAUGAGCGUAACGCGGACAGAGAAGAUUUUAUCAGCGAAAGAAUGAUCGAUGAAGAGGACUUUCCACGACGUAAGGAAUCUUCCAAUUUCGACGGAGGAAAUCUUACAGCAAAUCUCCUCAUGACAGAUAUUGCAGGGCAAAUUAGAAAUAGCCAAGAAAUCGAAGGUUGGCUUAUUGAGCAAGGAUACCCUAAUUUGUUUUGGUUUAUGUUAGGCCAUGGGUUAGAUUUCUAUGAUGAUGAACUUAUUUGUGUGGUCGGUAGUCAGAUUAAGACGAUUGUUGAGAAUGGGAUUCAAAAUGGAUUGGAAGUUUUGGAACAAGGUUUUAAGGGAUUGAAUGCGGGCGACAACCAAAAUUGAAAAUGGAAUAUAAAACGAGACUCUGGAAGUGCGCUGCAAUGCAGCUAGGGGCAGGCGACGCAGGCGACAGAGAAACGAAUCGAAAAUUACUACAGGGCCGUGCGAGGAGAUGCUCUGGGA